AUGUCUGCCGAGUACACNCCCGAGACCUCCACUGGCGUUGCCGCCGACAACGACUACGCCAGCCGUACUGGCCAGAGCGAGAUCCCCGUCCAGAAGGACGAGGCUGGCAUUGAGGACCCCAUUGACCCUGACACUGCCGACUCCGACAAGGUUCUUGGUAUGCGCACUCUCCUCUCAUUCCCUCUAUGUGGAACAAAGCUAACAUUCUCCCANGAGCAAGACGAGAAGGCUGCCAUGAACGAGGACAACAUCAUUGAUGAUCGCACCCGUGGUGCCGCCAAGCCCAAGGGCUCUUACCAGGAACCUGGUGAUGAGGAGGGUCUUCCUGGCCCGGACAACGGUACCUCUGCCAUUGCCCAGUAA